AUGACUUGUGCAACAUGGAGAACGAGCAACUUUUCAACGAAAACGGGACUUUUGCGCAAGAUAAUUGAGGUUAAUGAUGUGACUAUGCUGAAUCAAUAUAUUAAAUCCUAUGGCAGAAUUGCUCUUGAUCCAGCAGAACUUCACGAUCCUUUCUGGAUAGCUGCUAAGUGUGGAAGCGCCAAUGCACUUCAGGUGCUGCUUGAGUAUUACAAAGCUGAUCCAGAUCAGACACAAGCUCUGGCCGCCCGAGGAUUCUUCCUGUUGAAUACCGCUUGUCAGUACGCGCAACUUGAGACGGCGCGGUUUUUGCUAGAUAGCGAUCCUCCGCUUGGAAAGGCGUAUACAGGGGAUCACCGUGGAGGGGGGGCAUUGCUGUCAGCGGCGAUCUACAAGGAUAAUAGGGGUUGGUUCCGUGAUCGAAUUACUCGUAGUGAGGACUUGAUGCACAUGCUCCUUGAUAGGGGCGCUUCUGUUCGUGAUGUUGUCCAAGUCCUCCGGCAUUCAGAUGAUGAUAAUACUGAGGGAAAACUGCAGCAGCAACAGUGGCCGUUGCUCAAGACCGUACUUGGACAGGCAGUCUCUAGGGCUAGUUACAAGUUAUUGUCUCGUCUCAUUGCCGAAGGGGCGGAUGUCCAUACCCGGCAGUACGGUAUGGGUGAUUUUUCAGGCUACGGAUCUGCUCAGGAGGUCACUGCACUUCACAUUGGGAGCUCCUACUGGAACUCGGAAGGGGUCCAAGCGUUGAUACAGCACCGUGGUCGCGAAAUUGAUGUUGCAGAGAUGGUUUCUGUGAGUGACAGCAACGGGUGUCUUCCACUACACUGGGCAGCUGUAGGCUCCAGCGACGAAGACCUUCUCACAGAAGAUAAAAUUACUUCCAAAAUUAUAAGCACCUUCAAGCUUCUUAUAGAUGGAAAUACCAGUACCAUCAAUAUCCAAGACAAGAUGGGGUCCACGGCUUUGCAUUAUGCAGUCGAAAGCCAUGCUGCCUGUGGUAAUAGACAUGCAUAUCUCGUGAUAAAAUUCUUAUGCGAAAAUGGAGCAGAUGCGAGUUUGCAAGAUUAUAAAGGACAAACUGUUUUACAUAAGUUGGCUCUUCGCUCUAUUGACGGUGCACCCAUUGAUAGAGCCCUGAUAGAGCUACUACUGGCUCACGGUGCCAAUCUGGAUCAUAUCGAUGCGGAUGGCAAUACUGCUCUUCACAUUAUGGCAAGAAUUCUGCGACAGAGGCAGGCUGCACAGAUUUUAAUCACCCUGGGGGCUAAUUUCCAUGCUAAAAACGUAAAGGGGAAUAUCUCCUUGCAUGAAGCAGUGGUUGGAGUGCUCCGGCCACGGCAAAACCUAGAGGGAAACCAGGAGAAUGUAACACCAAACGAUCGAAUCAAAGCGCAAGAUGAGAUAAUCGAGGCCUUAGAAAAUGGUGCAGGAGAUAAAAGAAGUUUAAUGGAUCAACCCAAUGCAGCUGGCCUGACACCAAGACAGUCACUGGAGGAGACAAGGACUAGGAGUAAGAGGUACGCGCAGAAAUCAGUGCAAAACGAGCCAAUCCAGCUAGAACUUGCUUGGAAUGUUUCGCGGACCCGAGAAUACAGUAUGAUUUGGUUAGAAACUGUAAUUCCUAUUGAUUUCCAACAUGCCUCUUUUAACUAG